AUGACAUUAGGCAUGAAGCAGGAACUUUGUGAAGAAGCAGAACCAUGUGGGAAGGGGUCUGAUGAACAUGAUGGAACUCUGUCUCAGCAUGCCAAAUGCACAGGAGACAGUGAGCCUAAUGGAAGUUUGGAAACGCAGGAUGGGGGUGCCACAGGUAAAAAAAUACAUACAUGUGAAGAAUGUAGGAAAACCUUCACCUGGAUAAGAGGCCUUCACAUGCAUAGGAGGAUCCACACUGGGGAGAAACCGUACUCAUGUACAGAAUGUGAAAGGGCCUUCAUCAGACAUGCAGAACUUACCCAGCACCAGGGGCUUCGCAGCAUGGAAAGACUUAUCACUGUAAAGAGUGUGGCAAAAGUUUCAGUCAGAAAGCAGGCCUCUUCCAACAUCUCAAAAUCCACACUAGAAAAAAGCCAUAUCGGUGUACUGUAUGUGGCCGGUGUUUCCGUCAGAGAUCAGUUCUUACAAAGCAUCAAAGUCUCCACACUAGAGAGAGACCUUUUGAAUGUGUGGAUUGUGGUAAAGCCUUCUGCACACAGUUCAGACCUCACUGAACAUCAGCGAUUCCACAGCAAAGAGAAACCUUACAAAUGUAAUGGGUGUGGGAAAACCUUCAGGCAAUGUUCACACCUUACUGAGCAUCAGCAAAUUCACAGUGAAGAAAAACCCUAUAACUGUAAAGUGUGUGGAAAAGCCUUCACUCAGUAUGCAGGACUUAACCAGUACCAGAGAAUCUGUACCGGAGAGAAACCUUUUGAAUGUCCUGUAUGUGGACGAGCCUUUAGCUGGAGCUCAGAACUCAUAAUCCACCACAGAACCCACUCGGGGGGAAAACCCUAUGAGUGUGCCGAGUGUGGAAAAGCCUUUAGCAUGAGCUCAACCCUGAUCAUACAUCAAACAAGUCACACUGGAGAGAAGUCCUAUAAAUGUGAUGAGUGUGGUGAAGCCUUCACCAGUCAGAAGACAGGUCUGAGUCACCAUCUCAGAAUCCACACAGGAGAGAAACCUUUUGAGUGUUCCAAAUGUGGGCGGGCCUUCAGUUGGAAGUCAGAUCUCAAUAAACAUAAGAGAGUCCACUCUGAGGAAGAACCCUGUCAGUGUGAAGAGUGUGGGAAGGCCUACAGGCAGAGAGCAACGCUGUUCCAACAUCUGAGGGGCCACACUGUGCUAAGCCCCAGCAGCAGAAUGAGCAGAGUGGAGCCUGCGUGGGAACUCGGCCCUGAUCAAGGGCCAGAGAAUCCACAGCAACUGGACACCUUGCCCCGGUGUUAG